UUGUUCCCGCCGUGCUGACGUCACCACGCACUAUUGGAAGCGUUGGCGGGAAAAAGCUGGGCUUUCCUCAGGCGUCCGCCAUGGCUGAGGCGACGGCGGCGGAGCUGGAUUCGGACGGGAGCGGCGAGGAAGUGGUGCUGACCCCGGCCCAGCUCAUCCGCCACCUGGAGCAGGCUUGGAUGAAUGAGAAGUUUUCCCCUGAACUGCUGGAGAGCAAAUCAGAAAUCGUGGAGUGUGUCAUUGAGCAGCUGGAGCAUAUGGAGGAGAACCUGAAGCGCACCAAAGGAGGGGACCUGAAGGCCAGCAUCCACCGCAUGGAAGUGGAAAGGAUCCGCUACGUCCUCAGCAGCUAUUUGCGCAGUCGGAUCCGAAAGAUUGAGAAAUAUUUCCCGCACGUCCUGGAAAAAGAGAAGACCCGGACAGAGGGAGAGCCCUCCAUUCUCUCUCCAGAAGAGUUCGCCUUUGCCAAAGAGUACAUGGCCAACACAGAGGCCCAUCUCAAAAACGUGGCUUUGAAGCACAUGCCUCCAAACCUACAGAAGGUGGACCUCCUCAAAAUAGUUCCCGAACCAAACCUGGACGCCUUUGUUUUCCUCCGAGUGAAGGAAAAACAGGAGAACAUCCUGGUGGAGCCGGAGACGGACGAGCAGAGCGAAUAUGUGAUCGACUUGGACAAAGACUCCCAGCACCUGAUUCGGUACAAAACAAUCGCUCCUUUGGUGGCUUCCGGAGCAGUGAAGCUCAUCUGAAAUGCAAGGAAAAGUUGCAUCCUGAAAAUUUGGGGCCAGAGGAUUGUUUCCAGCUGCUAUCAGCGUUUCCAGCUGUUCCUCCAGUAAGGUUUCGGUUUGCAAGUUGUCCUUUUUCUGUCCUAUCUGCUGCUGGGCUGCAAAAAAGAGACUAUCCUGCAAUCCACCAUAUGUCCAGCAGGUGGCACUAGACCUAAUCUGACAAUGGAAAUUUGCAUUUGUAUAACGUGGAGGAAGUUACUUUUCUGGACUGCAUUUUCAAUUAAUAGUGAAUAACUUUUUCAAGGACAGCCUUUUCGAGCCUCCAAUGCGUCCCGUUGUGGUGGCUGGGGACAAUGGGGGUUUCAAUCCAUCUCAUCAGAAGACUUCUUGCUCAUAGAAGAAGGCUGGUACGAAAUGCAUUGCCAUCCCCACCUAUUCAAUUCAAGCCCAUCGUGUUUUGCGACUGAACUCUUUGGGUAUCUGCAUAAUAUCUGGAAAGAUGGGCAGAUUUUUCAGAUUUACAGAAAAUAUCUUGCCUUUUCUCCAAGCAAUAAAUGGUCGCUGGAAGCUGGAAUUUGCAUGGAGUAAAAUACAAUAUUUACUAUUUACA